AUGGAAAGCUCAGAGGCAAAGCAUCGCCUGUUUCGACCUGCUACGGUAGGAACAUGCCAUGCGCAGACGGCGACGGAUCGGUUUGGCGACGAGGCCAAGCGAGCCAUUCUCGACCGCGAGCGCACUUCGUUGGGUCUACAUCCUGCAGGGAUGGAAUGGCCAACCAACUGGCCUGGUUCGGAGGGCGACCAACACGAAGAUCAUCCGUUGUACUUUUCUGCAUACCGCGGCAGGGUCUUUGUCUACGUGCCACGAAGCGUUCCGAAACAAACGAUACCCCAACAUCCUGAUGUCCAACUUGUCACGUCUCCGAGUCAGGCAGCGUUGAAGAUUAGAGGCUAUCUCGAUCCCACGUCUCCCCACUCCAUCAAUCAUAUGAUUGUUGGGUCGCUGGGACAGGAGGAAGUCGUGCUCACAUGUCACGACGAUGGCGAUGUUAUUGCAUUUUAUACCAAGGACGUUGUCGAGUACAUUCUCGCCAAGUCCGCGAUACCCAGCUCUGCAACGCCAAAGCAACGUCGAGCUUCAGUGUCGUCUCUGAACGCAGGGAAUGCACCAAAGCCCUUCUUUCAGGAAAACGUUGGCAUCUCAGCCUGGGGAUUGGCGCUGCAUCAAAAGUCUCGCCUUAUAGCUGUCAGCUCGAACCGGUACGAAGUAACUGUGUUUGCGCCGGCCUUGGCCACCAACGGAUCUAGGUCGAGUCGGAAUUGCGACUGUGAGGCGUGCUGCGAUGGCGUGGAAUCGCAUGUGCGUCGUCGCGCUCGUAAUUGGCGCAUAGUCGUGUCAUUGGGACCCUUGGCGGAUAACAUCCCAAAUAUCAGCUUCGUUGAUGACAAGUAUGGCUAUGCGGAGAAGAUCAGUGCUAUCGAUAUCAAGGGUGCCAUGUGGCUAGCCGAUAUUUGGAAAGCAUUCCAAGCCGCCAUCAGAGUCAUGCCGUCGACUAGCCCACUUUUAAAGAGUGAGGAGUUCUGGCCGGCAACAUCCCGAGGCUGGGGGAUUCUCGCGCUUCCAAACACUAGCUUUCUAGCAGUCCGUUCUGAAGAGGAGCUUCUAGGUGCCGAACUCAAGGACCUGGAAAUGGUGCCCAAACUCCAAGCUGGUCCCCAUCCAAUGGUCAACUUGGCCAAAACUAUUCGGGACCUCCCUGACAACCCGUGCACGCAACCCCCGUUGCGAAAUGCCAUUAUUCGUGUGGACGACCCUCCCCAAAAUGUGCAAUUGGCCGCAGACAUGGGCGACGAUGAGUUUGCCUUUGACGAUGUGAGUGAUGAUGAGGCCUUUGAGCCUGGCGAAUCGGAACCUGAUGAAGGCGCCGAGGCAGACGACGGCCAAAACGCAGAAACCAACUCUGACGACGAGCUUGAGCCUGGUGAAGAUUUGGAAAUUGGGGGAGACGACGGAAAUGAUGAUGAAAUGCUCUACGAUAUCACUUAUGCCACAGAAUACGCAGCACAGAGCGAUAUCCCAUCAACAUUGGCAAACCAGGCUGAGGAAAUACAAGCUUCGCAUACGUCAAAUGUUGCGCUGCCGGUUGGCCAGCCCGUGUUGACCGCCCUCCCAAACCCCACAGAGAGUUCUCUACCUGUGCAGCAUCUCUUUACAGAUCCAUUUGCUUCCCUGAUUCCGUCAGAGCCUGAAAGUGAAGGCUUUUUACAUGACCACGCUCGUUUCCCGCCCCCAUCUUCACGGUGUCUGAAAUUACGGCCGAGAAAUGCGCCUGUGCGGCUCGACAUGAUUUACAUGCCACACAGUGGCAAAGUCCUCGAGGCACCUCGACGCAUAGGCAAACUCACAGACUUCCUCCGGAGAGGCACAGAGUAUAAUGAAAACACGGCCGGCUAUGUCACCGGAUUAGGGAAGUUCGCAGAACGAUAUCACAUGCUACGAUUGUAUGAAAAGGAUGUCGAAAUGCGUACCCUUGACAAACCUCGCCAGAGAGGGCUACCAGAAUUAGGAAUCCUAUGUCCAUACGCCCUGACCAUGGGCUUGACACCCGGCCGAGCCAUGAGGCCGCAUUUCCGCGCAACAAGCCGACUCAACAUGGUGGCCCACAUCCCCGAACUAUGUCUAGUGGUUAUCGGCUCCCCAAUUGGCAGAGUGCUACUUGUUACUCCCACGCGACUCGUAAACCCGAUUGAGAAAUUAGCAGGUGUACUUCAUUACGGUCUGCGAGUCGACUGGGUCCUGCCCAGGCAAUCGGACGAGGCGGUAUUCAGGGUCAGCAAACGUCCCCUCCAUGGCAUGGCCAUAGGGCCGGUCCAAGAAGAUGGUGUGCUGGGAGGUGUGGAUGAGACGCGACGAGUGGCAGUUCCACGCCGGUACAGACUGAUGCUGCAUUAUAGAAAUCAUGAUAUCUUGACGUACGAGAUUAGUAGGGAGGAACAGACGGGAAAGCUGUGUAUCUUUUGA